AUGGAUGAAACCUUCGUCGUCAUCAAACGGGAUCAGGUGCCUACGUUCAAGGAACGUCGCAACAGCGUCUUCCCGGACAUCCAACUAACCAUGGAGGAGGAAGAGAACAAAGAGCUGGCUUUUCUAGAUGUCCUCGUCUGUCACAAAGAUAGUGGUGGCCUAAAGACCAAAGUUUUCAGGAAAGCGACAAACAUGAUGCAAGUACUGAAUUAUAACAGCAACCACCCAAUUUGCACGAACACAGUUGCCCCUCUGAACCUGCAUGCCGCCCACGAAGUGUUAUGCUGUUAUAUGGGCAAAGGACAGAACAAAACCAAACCGAACAUAAGAAUUGCAAGCGAAGAGGACCCCAGGAGGAACCGACCGGGAGAGGAGGCGCCAUGGGGACAAGGUGCCACACUAAUUGCUGUUCGUGACCCCGAGCGGCCCCCGACUCCACUGACAGCUAUUUGGCGUACACCACUAUAA